UUAUUAUUAUUAUUGCUCAAAGUUUAUUCUCCACUUUGCCAAGUCGACUUCAUUGUUCCCAAGAUUCUCCUCUCUAUCUCUGACUCCUCGCUCUCUCGUAUUCUCUCUUCCAUUUCAACCAGAUCUCAUCAACACCGACAAACAGGAGCCUCAAUAGUGAAACCAUCCAUGACGUUUGGCUCAGGAGGAUCCAGUGUCGUGGUCCCUCGGAACUUCAGAUUGCUGGAGGAACUUGAACGUGGAGAAAAAGGCAUUGGGGAUGGCACAGUAAGCUAUGGAAUGGAUGAUGGAGAUGACAUUUACAUGCGCUCUUGGACUGGCACUAUAAUUGGUCCUCACAAUACUGUACAUGAAGGUCGAAUUUAUCAGUUAAAGCUCUUCUGUGAUAAAGAUUACCCGGAGAAACCACCAAGUGUUCGCUUUCAUUCACGGAUCAAUAUGACUUGUGUUAACCAUGAAACCGGAGUGGUGGAACCAAAAAAGUUCGGACUUCUUGCAAAUUGGCAGCGAGAGUACACCAUGGAGGACAUACUGACACAGCUGAAGAAGGAGAUGGCAGUACCACACAACCGUAAGCUGGUCCAGCCUCCUGAGGGUACCUGCUUCUAACUUCCGAGGUCAUAAAGAUAAUGGAGCAUAUUGUUUUUGCAAUAUGCAAUAUGUAGUUUAUAAUCCAGUGUUGGUCUCUGGGGAAUGCCCUAAAAAAGUUUCUCCAGUUACCUUUUCAUGGCUUCAUUGACAUUUUGUCUGUCUUAUUUCAUGGAACUGUAUUAAGGGAUGCUGUUUGAUUAAUGGGAUUUAUCAGUGUGUCAAAUAUUUAAAAACA